GCCAUUCUCACUAAUAUACCAGUUACUGGAUACAGACUACAAAUCCCACAAUUCCAACAGAGUAUAUGAGGAGGAGCCUGUGUUCCAGUAACCAGUUCUCUAGGAUUCCAACAAGGAUACGGCCAUUCCUUCCCUGCUCACCAUACAGGACCCAUACUCACUAAUAUACCAGGAACAUGGAGAUGCGAGUCCUUUGGCUUUUUCUCUUUGCUGGAUCCGUGGCACAAGAAGACAUGGACAGAAAUGUUUUCCUCUUUUCCACACCGUCCAAAACUGAUUAUGUGGUUUUGAACCCAGAGGUGACUGAGCCUUUACACAACCUCACUUUUUGCUUGAGAAGCUACACGGAUCAGAUGAACCAAGCUCUUCUUACCACGGGCACACCACAGUCACAGAAGCGCAACAUGUUUGUUAUCUUCCAGUCCCCAACAGACUAUAUCCAAACAUCACCAUACUUUUACACUUCAAUCUACAUAAACAAUACACUGGUAUCCAUUAAGACAAAGGCAGUUGUUCUGGACUGGAUACACAGGUGUGUAACUUGGGACUCUAACACUGGGGUUCUACAGCUUUGGGUUAAUGGGAAAGUCUUUCCCCGAAGAGUACUGCAGAAAGGCUUUUCUAUUGACCUGGGGGAAGGUAUUUCCUUGGGUCAGAUGCAGAAAGAUGAUUGGAGUCCUACACCUCCCUUUCAAGGGGAAAUAAGUGAUGUCCAUAUGUGGAAUGAGGUUUUGCCUCCUGAGACCAUAUGGCAGGUUCUGCUAAAUAAUCGGUAUAUCAAUGGGAAUGUCAUUAGCUGGAGGUCCCUGAACUACACUAUUAUAGGAGAUGUCACGGUCCAACCCAAACUCCAGUGUAGAUAUGGCAAUGAACCUCGCAGCUUACACAGUCAGUGCUCUAUGGAUUAAUGGGUAUUGGUAAAACAGGUAUAACAAUCACUUUCCAAUAAAUAAUUGUUUCAAGGGGAACUGUGUCUUUCAUAAUAAGCAAAAUUGUUAAAUUGUUGUUUUAGCAAAGAACAACAAGACAAGGCUGAUGUUAGGGCUGCAUAUAUUGGAUGUACAACCGAUAGAACAACGCGAUUAAAGGAGAUGUCACUGUACAACCCAAACUCCGUUGAAGAUGUGGUAGUAAACUAUUUCACCCUUCCAGUCACUGCUCAUGGAGUUUUACAUAUUUGUCUUUGACAAUUAAAAAAAGCAGAUGUGGUUCACGUUCAGCACUUCAUGCAUCUUGGGAAUAUAAGUAUGUUAAAUAUUUACUCUAGUUUGCCUGAAAAUUGCCUUUAAUGUUAAUCCUUUGGGCUGGGUUCUUAUACAUGCUGCUUGGUGACCCCUUCCAUAGACUAUCUGGAGGUAUACAGGGAAGGGUCACGUAACAAACUCAAACUUGUUCUGCUUAUGCUUGUGCUGUCUGUAUCUAUUUGCUUUUCAUGCCUUCAUAUUUGCUGCCAAGAUCUAUCAGACCAGAUCACCCUGCCUACAUUUUUUUUAAAGCUGCAGAAUACAAUUCAGCCAUUUGCUAAAUCA